AUGAGAUUGCCACAUCGAAGCAAACGACCAAUCAUAAGCCCAAUAGAGGUGUCUGAACAAUUGGAAGAAGCAUUAAAGUUGCAAGUGAGAGAACCAACAUUGGCCGAUACAAGAGCAGCCUUGUUGUUGGAGAAUGCUUCAUCGGAAUCCAAGGAAACCUCCAAAAGUACAUUAACCAACGUUGUAGAUGAAUUAUCAAUGGAAGAAACCGAGAAAUUGUUGAACCGAUUACCACCCAUCAAGAAGGAACAUGAGGAUCAAAAAGAUUUUUUCAUGAGAGAAAAAUCUUUAAAGCCUCCACUCACAGCUGAAAUCGUUCAAGUUGAAUUUCCACCACAAGUUCAAUUGGAAAAACCAAAAGAAUUGAAGGAAGAAGAAGCCAAGAUUUCGGGAUCUGAAUUGACCAUUCUCCGUUAUUCACCAGAAGGAGAAUUAGAUCGCUCUGUUCCAUCUGUUACGAUAACAUUUUCACAACCAAUGGUUCCUGUCUCUAGUGUGUCCAAUGUUGAGAAUGAGACAGUUCCAGUUGAAAUUUCACCACUUCCAAAGAAGGGAGGUAAAUUCAAAUGGUUGGGAACAAAAACACUUGUCUAUGAGGCCAACUAUAGAUUUGACAUGUCCACCAAAUAUACUGUUUCGAUUAAGAAGGACACAACAUCGCAAAUUGGAGGCGUUUUGAAGAAUCACUUUUCAUUUAGUUUUGAAACUCCAAGACUUUACCUUAAAGAAUCUCUACCUGGCACUUUUUGGAAUGGACAAAUGCCAGUGAACGAAUUCCCUGUGUUCUAUGCCGAAUUUGAUCAAGAGAUUGAGCCAAGUACUGUAUUGUCCUUCAUUUCCACUCCAGGUCGUAAAACAAGUUUGAUUUUGGACGGAAAAUCAAGCAAUACUCUCCUCAAGGAACAUAUCAAGAAAAUGAUGGAGGAUUACAAUUUAAACAAGAGAAAUCCAUCCAUGUACAAUGCAUACAAGUCCAAGCUUGAAUCGGCUCCUGAAUCUAGACACCUCUGGUUCACUAUUGAUGUCCAAUCCCAUAACCGUGUUGCUGUUGGUUCCAACUUUGAUAUUGCCAUUAAGAAAGGAGUUGUUGGAACAGAGGGACCUUUGCCAUCCGUGAAGGAUUCUGUCAUUCAUGUCCCAAACUAUCCACCUUUUGUCAAGGAACAAGUUACAGGAGGAGAUGUGCCAAUGUCAGCUAUCAACAUUCGAUUUUCUAAUGCCAUCGAUGAAGAUAAGUUUUUAGAGUCGAUGAUAACAGUCUCUCCACCCAUUCAAGGAAUGGAAUUGGAUCCUUCUGGAUCCUAUUUAACUAUUAGAGGUAAAACUAAGGGUAGGACCACUUAUAAGAUAUUCCUGAAGAGUAUUGUAGAUGUUUGGGGUCAAACUCUCGAAGACACUACUGUAGAAGUUAGUGUUGGCAGCGCUCGUCAAUCAUUGCAAGCGUUCAGAACUGGUAUGACUGUUUUAGAUCCAACAUUGAACACGAAACCCACUUACCCUUUUGUCACUGUUAAUAUGGAUUCUGUUAGAUGCGUCGUUUGUCAAGUUGAACCAUCUUCUUACACUUCUGAUGUCCUGUAUUACAAUUCUUAUAACAAUAAUUACAGGUUCCCAGGAAAGACUGUUCUUGACACUGUUGUGACCACCAAGGGAGAACAAGAUGAGCCCUGCGAAACUGAAAUUGACCUUACUUCCUAUCUUCAAUACCCUAAUGAAAACUUGGGCCAUUUAAUGGUAUAUAUUGAGCCUACAAAGACAAGUUGGAAAGGACAAUGGGAGCAUCGCCCUGUUUAUUGUGCUUGGAUACAAGCCACAAAGAUAUCACUCGAUUGCGUUUAUGAUCCACACGGUCCAGAAUUGUAUUUCUGGAUCAAUUCAUUGAGCGAUGGUAGUAUCAUCAAACAAAAUGUGGAAUUUAUCAAACACAUGGCACACAUAACUCCUGAUCCUCUCACAGGUAUUGGCUCUUACAAGGUUCACAAUGGCACUUCUAAACUGAUUGCUAAACAUGGCAAUGAUAUGUGCUUUAUUCCAGAUGUUUCACUUUAUGCUUCUAGUUUUACCUCUGAAAUUGUUGCUCACAUUUUCAACGAUAGAGGUCUCUAUAAGCCUAAUGAAAUGGUUUCUAUCAAAGGUAUCGUUAGAAAAUUCGUAUUGAAAAAUUCAUCCCCAUCAGUGGAAAUCCCAGACCUGCAAAAAUGUACCUAUACCGUCACCGAUGCUAGAGGCCAAAAGUAUUCUCAAGGUGAAAUUGAAAUUUCUAAAGUUGGUACAUUUGAUUUCACAUUUAAAGUUCCUGAUAACGCCAAUUUGGGAGAUCACAGUAUUAGUUUCAGUAGAUUUAACACUACUCAUAGUUUCAAGGUACAAGAAUUCAGAACUCCAGAAUUUAAGUCUUCAUCGAGCAUUCCAGCAGGUAACUAUAUUGUGAAUGGAACAGCUCUUUGUACAACCAAGGCAGAGUAUUAUUCUGGUGGUGGCAUUAGUGGAGGAAAAUGUUCGUAUGUGAUCAAACAAACGUCUUCCUCCUAUGUUCCUCCAAAUCAAUCUUCUUACACGUUUGGCGAAGAUUUCGAUCCUUACAUGUACUUUUACAGAAUUUUUAGAUCAAGCAAUGUGGGAUCAUUGCUUUCCACUACAACAUUUGAAGGUACUACUGAUUCAAAUGGAGAGCAUCAAAUUGCAAUUUCCUUUGAGGAAAGUUCAAGAACCAAGAAGGUUCCAGUCACAGUUAGUGUUGAAGCAAACGUUCAAGAUAUCAAUCGACAAACAAUUUCAUCGAGUACUUCAUUCCUCAUUCACCCUUGCAAAUAUUAUUGCGGUAUCAAGUUUAGCAAACAAUUGGCAAAGCCAAACAUCCCUGUCACAGCUUCACUCAUUACUACUGAUAUUGAUGGCAAAUUGGUGUCUGGUAUUGAUAUGAAGUUGACAGUCACUACAAGUACUCGCGUCAAGAAAGGAUUCAAAUACACCCAAGAAACUCUUCAAGUUAUGGAAGAGAUUAUCACCUCCUCAAAGGAUGGACCCUCUGAACUACCUGUCAAGUUUGAAAAAGGAGGUUGUUACACAUUUAAGGUUGAAAUUGUUGACCCAGAAACAGGUCUCUCAAACUCAGCCACCAAAACUUUGUACGUUAGUGGUGGAUCAGCAAGAGAUGAAAAAUUGGGAAGCAACAUUACAAAGGACAGUCUUCUUAUUGUUCCAGACAAGUCUGAAUAUCAAGUUGGUGAAAAGGCCAAGCUUUUGAUUCAAUCAAAUCAUGACGGAAAAAGUGAAGGUAUUGCUCUUGUCUCACUCUAUAAGGUGAUCAAACAAAUUCCAGUAACCAUAGACCCAGAAAUUGGAUGUACAGAAAUUGAAAUUGACAUUACAGAAGAUUUUGUUCCAAAUUUCAAUGUCACUGUCGAAGUAUCAUCAAGUCAAUCACGAGUGGACGGUGUUGGAACCAUUCUCGAUCAUUUGCCAAAACAACCAGCAUAUGCCUCUGGCGCAUGCAACAUUCCUGUUUCAAAGAUUACCAAGACUUUAACAGUUGAAACCAAACCUGAAAGGGAAUAUUUAACACCAGGAUCAGAUACAUUCAUUGAUGUUGUUGUGAGAGAUCCACUCACUGGUGAACCAAUCAAGGACUCUGAAGUGUGCAUCAUUGCUGUUGAUGAGGCUGUACUUUCUCUAACUGGAUAUUCCAUUUCAAAUCCAUUGAAUACUUUUAUUCGUGGAAGUUAUCCAAGUUUUAGCCCAUACUCUUUGAGAAGUUAUGUGUUUGUGAAGAAUUAUGACUCGAUUGUGUUCCAAAAGGAAGAACCAAUUCAGGAGAGACUCAGGUGUUGUUGUUGUUCGAGAUCUUGCUUUGGCUGUGCAUGCGAUUGUGCUGGAUCGAUGGAAUGUUGUUCUUGUAAAUUUAAGAAGUGCAAACGGGCACCAAUGGAAGGUUCUGCAGAACCUGAAGAAGAAGAGUCACAAAUUUCUGUUCGAUCCAACUUUAAUCCUCUCGCUGUUUUCAGCCCAAAGAGUAUGACCGAUGAACAAGGUAAAGCAACAGUUCGAUUCAAGCUGCCAGAUAAUCUCACCAAGUACAGAAUCACAGCUGUUGCCCUAAAAGGAGAAUGUAAAUUUGGUAUUCAUGAAUCAUCCAUGGUCGCUCAACUUCCAUUAGCUAUCCGACCAUCUCUUCCAAGAUUCUUAAACUUUGGUGAUAGAGCUGAAUUUUGUUGUGUUCUACAAAGUCAAGUUCCAUUGAACCUUGACGUGAAUGCUGCCAUCAAUUUCACUAAUUUGACACUCUUGGACUCCUCAAAGAAGGGAUUAAAAAUCAAACUACCUGCAAUGGGAAGAGUUGAAUUGAGAUUCCCAAUGUGCACAGAAAGAGCUGGUAUUGCUAGAUUCCAAAUUGGAGUAUCCAUUGCUACACCUGGUAUUAAUUUUGCUGAUGCAGUCGAGAAGGAAGUACGAGUAUUCACACCAGCUACCACUGAAGCAUUUGCAACUUAUGGCGAAAUGGAUGGCGAUUCAUCCGUUUUCCAACCUGUAAAGGCUCCACAAAAUGUAUUCCCACAAUUUGGUGCACUCAAAAUUUCCACAAGUUCAACAGCAUUAUCUUCCCUCACUGACAGCUUCCUUUAUUUGUAUGGAUAUCCAUUCGAGUGUUGUGAACAAAUUGCUAGCAGAGUACUUUCCAUUGUAGCCCUUAAAGAUAUUUUACUUGCCUUCAAUGUUCCAGAAGUACCAAGCAAGGAAGAUAUCGACAGCAAAAUCAAUAGCAGCCUUUCUAUGCUUGCUUCAAGACAAUAUCCGGAUGGUGGUUUUGGUUAUUGGACCUAUAACGAUUAUUUGGAAGUUUCUCCCUAUGUCACAUGCCACGUUGCUCAUGCAUUGGCACGUUGUAAACUUGCUGGUUAUUCAUUGAACACUACAAUGGUAUCCAAACUUGUUCCAGUACUUAAAUCUAUUGAACGAUAUUGUGUUCACUAUGGAGAUGAAAGCAUUAGAUCGAUUAAGGCCUAUGCUUAUUAUACAUUGGCCUUAUUAGGUGAAACUGAUGCUAAAGAAUUGGCUGAAAAGCUUUACCAAGAAAAGAAACUUAAGGGCAACUUGGAAUAUCUUGCUUGGUUGGCUACCACCAUCUAUCUUGGAAAUAACAAGAAAGCUACAACGAUUGUCAAUGAAAUAAUGGAACAUUUGAUUAAGAAUGCCAAUGAAACUGCUCAAACAGCCAACUUUGUCACUAGUUAUGGCGAUAUAAUGGCCACCAAGCAUGUCAUGCUCCACAGUGAUAGAAGAACUGAUGGAAUUUGCUUAGAGGCACUCAUCAACAUGACACCUCAAUCACAUCUCAUUCCAAAGAUUGUUAAAGGAUUGUUAGCUCAUAAGAAGAAGGGAAGAUGGAGCAACACUCAGGAAAACGUUUUCAUUCUCCUUGCUCUAAAUACUUACUUUAAUACGUUUGAAAAUGUCAUUCCAGAUUUUGUUGCUAACAUUUGGCUUGGUGAAGAGUAUUGUGGUGAACAAGUGUUUAAGGGAAGAUCCAAGGAUGAAAAUCAAUUGAAUAUUCCAAUGUCCAUGUUGAUCAAUGGUGAAGUUAAAGACAGUAAGACUUUAGCAAUUUCCAAAAAGGGACCUGGAAGAUUAUAUUACAGAAUUGGUAUGGACUAUGCUCCAAAGGAUUUGAAGGUGGAUGCGUUGGACUAUGGCUUUGAGAUUCAAAGAACUUAUGAACAUGUUACAAAUCCUUCCCAUGUGACCUUCGACCAAGAAAAGAAUACUUGGAGAUUUAAGGCAGGAGAAUUGGUUCGUAUCAAGAUGAGAUUGACCAAUACAAGUCGUAGAUAUCACGUGGCUCUUGUCGACUUUUUACCAGCAGGUCUUGAACCAAUCAACCCAGAAUUGAAGGGAUCACCAUCAGUGGCUACCGUAAGUGGAAGUACUGGAUCACAAAGGUCACGUUGGUGUUGGUGGAAUCCAAUUUGGUAUGAACAUCACAACAUUAGAGAUGAGAGGGUUGAAGCUUUUAGUUCCUUGUUAUGGGAAGGCACCCACGAAUUCACAUAUAUUGCAAGAGCAACCUCUAUUGGCUCCUUUGUAAUUCCAGGUGUGAAAGCCGAAGAAAUGUACACUCCUGAAAUAUUUGGAAGAAGUGCCACCGAAUUCGCUGAAGUCUAUGAAUAA